AUGGGGUUUGGGGGUUUUGCUAAAUUCCCCCUUGCCAGCCUCGAAUAUGGCCUGCAAUUUUGCACUCAUCUGAUGUAUGGCUAUGCCGGCCUUACCCGUGAAUCCUUCGAAAUUGCCAGCCUCAACGUUGACCUGGAUAUGUUCCAUUUCCGUCAAAUAACAGAAAUGAAGAAGACAUUUCCCGAUUUGAAAAUCUUCCUUAGUCUUGGUGGUGACUACGAUAACGAUGAAGUGGAUCCGCAGAAAUAUAUUCAUUUUCUAGAAGGUGGCAAACCGUUGUAUGAUAAUUUCAUUCGUAGUUCAGUGACCAUGUUGAAAAAUAAUGGAUUUGAUGGUUUGGAUUUGGCUUUUCAAUUUCCACGCAACAAGCCGCGCAAGGUUCAUGAGGUACACAAGGAACAAUUUACGGAAUUUGUGCGGGAUCUGAAGGCGGGCUAUGCAACGGCAAAUUUGUCAUUGGCUUUGACAGUGUUGCCAAAUGUGAAUUCUACAUGGUACUUUGAUAUUCCCAAGAUACAUAACCACUUCGAAUAUAUCAAUCUGUUCGCCUUUGACUUCCUUACACCAGAUCGUAAUCCCGAGGAGGCAGAUUACACAGCACCCAUCUUCUUGAAAGAUGAACAGAAUCGUUUGCCCCACUAUAACGUUGAUUUCCAAGUUAAUUAUUGGCUGACAAAUGGUUGCCCGGCUAAUAAACUUAACUUAGGUGUUGCCACCUACGGGCGUACAUGGAAAAUGACAACGGAUUCACAGCUGUCGGGUAUGCCAGUUGUACCGGCAACAUAUGGUCCUGCCGAUGCUGGUGUUAUGUCUGGUCGUGCUGGCCUGCUGAGUUGGCCUGAAAUAUGUGGCCUACUUAAUAAGGCCAGUACGGCGGGUACAUUCCGUGGAGCCAAUGCUCCCCUGCAGAAAGUGGUCGAUAUCGAUCGUAAAUAUGGCAAUUAUGCAUUUCGUCCAGCCGAUGAAAAUAAUGAACAUGGUAUUUGGAUUAGUUUUGAUGAUCCAGAUUUUGCUGGAUACAAGGCAGAUUAUGCCCGGCAGAAGGGUAUUGGCGGUAUGGCUGUGUACGAUUUGGGUUAUGAUGAUUUCCGGGGAUUGUGUACGGGUGCCAAAUUCCCCAUAUUACGUUCUGUACAAAAUGUUAUUGAUUAG